AUGGCGCCCACAAUCGAACAAGGGCCCAACGCUGUUCUCGAUCCUGCUAAUGGCCCUGCCAACGACCCCGAGAAUCCCACGCUGCGGACAAGAUGGGCCACCCGCAAAAUGACGAUAAAGAGCAGCAACAAGAAAAGGCUUUCUCUCAUGCAUCGCACCACACAUAAGAAGAACAACAGCGAAAAGAGCCGUAGCUCCGGCGGCACCGAAUCCCUGCAGACUGAGAACAACACCGCACAAUCUGACUCUGAAGAAGGCAAUGGCGGCAGGAAAGUCUUCUUCAACCUCCCUUUGCCCCCGGAACUACUGGAUGAGGAGGGCCACCCGAGCCAGCAAUUUCCAAGGAACAAGAUUCGGACGGCAAAGUACACACCCCUUAGCUUUGUACCCAAGAACCUGUGGUUUCAGUUCCAAAAUAUCGCCAACAUCUUUUUCCUUUUCCUUGUUAUUCUCGUGUUCUUCCCCAUCUUUGGUGGCACGAACCCAGGCCUCAAUUCCGUGCCCCUGAUUUUUAUCGUUGUCGUCACAGCAAUUAAGGACGCCGUCGAAGACUAUCGCCGUACUAUUCUCGAUAUUGAGUUGAACAAUGCCCCCGUUCAUCGCCUGGGAAACUGGAAUAAUGUCAACGUCGAGGAGGACAACGUCUCGCUCUGGAGACGCGUCAAGAAGGCAAACAGUCGCUUCUUCGGCCUCAUCUGGCACACAAUCGAGAGCGUCUGGUCGAAGAAGGCGAGGCGAGAGCUUGCCAUGCGCAGGAACCCCCAAUCCGCAGACGCGCCGCGGCCUUCAAUCGAAACCCGCGCCGGCCACCGAGACUCCUUAGCUUCGCCGCAUUCUGGUCGCGACUCGUUCGUCUCCGCACGCGAGGACAUCCAAAUGACACCAGUCCCAUCUCCAUUGCCGCGCCAGAAUCUGGAGGUGCCUCAGCCAGACGACUACAAGCGAGCGAGAGAGUUAAUGCAGCGCGAGGGAGAUGUACUCAACCGAAACUUGCCGAGCAAGGGCGAAGCCCGGUUUCACAAGGAUCACUGGAAAGACCUCAGAGUCGGUGACUUUGUGCGCAUUUACAACGAUGAUGAGCUCCCAGCUGACAUCAUUGUCCUGUCCACAUCCGACCCAGACGGAGCAUGCUACGUCGAGACGAAGAAUUUGGACGGUGAGACGAACUUGAAAGUGCGACAGGCCCUCAGGUGCGGCAGGUCUUUGAAGCACGCGAGAGAUUGCGAACGAGCGCAAUUCUGGAUCGAAAGUGAACCCCCCCAACCCAACCUCUACAAAUACAACGGUGCUGUCAGAUGGUACCAAUCCUUCGACGACGAGGCGGAACCCGAACUGAUGACCGAGCCUAUUUCGAUUGACAACAUGCUCCUCCGUGGAUGCAACCUAAGGAACACAGAGUGGGCCCUCGGAGUGGUUGCUUUUACCGGACACGACACCAAGAUCAUGAUUAACUCUGGCAUCACUCCCAGUAAGCGCGCUCGAAUUGCUCGGGAGAUGAACUGGAACGUCAUCUGCAACUUUGGCUUUCUGUUCAUCCUGUGUAUUUUGUCGGCCAUUAUCAACGGUGUUGCGUGGGCGAAGACAGAUGCUUCGUUGCACUUCUUCGACUUCGGGUCGAUAGGAGACUCGGCACCCAUGUCCGGCUUUAUCACCUUUUGGGCGGCCAUCAUCGUCUUUCAGAACUUGAUUCCAAUUGCGCUUUACAUCACUCUUGAAAUCGUCCGACUACUUCAAGCAAUCUUCAUCUACAGCGAUGUCGAGAUGUACUACGAGCCGCUCGACCAACCUUGCAUUCCGAAAUCCUGGAACAUCUCCGACGAUCUGGGCCAGAUUGAAUACAUCUUCUCGGACAAGACUGGCACAUUGACGCAGAAUGUCAUGGAGUUCAAGAAAGCCACCAUCAACGGGCAGCCUUACGGCGAGGCUUACACGGAGGCACAGGCUGGCAUGCAAAAGCGACUGGGCGUUGAUGUUGAGAAGGAGGCUGCUGAAGCUCGAGCCGAAAUUGCGGAUGCUAAAGUCCGUGCGAUCGAUGGCCUCCGAGACCUGCACAACAACCCCUAUCUCCACGACGAGGAUCUUACCUUCAUCGCUCCUGACUUUGUUGCCGAUCUAGCGGGCGACUCUGGCAAAGAGCAACAGAUAGCAAACGAGCAUUUCAUGCUUUGUCUUGCCCUGUGCCAUACAGUUAUUGCAGAGAAGGUACCUGGCUCGCCGCCGAAGAUGACCUUCAAGGCGCAGUCCCCCGACGAGGCGGCGCUAGUUGCCACGGCCCGCGACAUGGGCUUCACAGUGCUUGGUAGCUCUCAGGAGGGUAUCAACCUGAACGUCAUGGGCGAGGAUCGCUCUUAUCCCAUACUGAACACCAUCGAGUUCAACUCGAGCAGAAAGCGAAUGAGCGCGAUUGUGCGGAUGCCCGACAACCGCAUCCUCCUUAUCUGUAAGGGAGCAGACAGUAUCAUCUAUUCGCGUCUCAAGCGCGGCGAGCAGCAAGAGCUCCGCAAGGUCACGGCUGAGCACCUUGAGAUGUUCGCACGUGAAGGCUUGAGAACGCUUUGCAUAGCGCAACGCGAGCUUACCGAACAGCAAUACGAGGCCUGGCGCAAAGAAUACGAUGCCGCUGCCGCAGCCUUAGAACAUCGAGAGGAGAAGUUGGAGGAGGUUGCCGACCAUAUCGAACGCGAGCUGACUCUGCUCGGAGGUACCGCCAUUGAAGACAGGCUGCAAGAUGGCGUGCCGGAUACCAUCGCCCUCCUUGGUGACGCCGGUAUUAAGCUCUGGGUUCUCACUGGCGACAAAGUUGAAACGGCUAUCAACAUCGGCUUUUCUUGUAAUCUUUUGAACAACGAUAUGGAACUCAUUCACCUGAAAGUUGACGAAGACGAGACCGGCGAAACUCCCGACGACCAUUUCCUCAGCAUUCUGGAACAGGAACUUGACAAGUACCUCCAGGAAUUUGGCAUGAAGGGCGACGACGAUGAUUUGGUGAAGGCUAUGAAGAACCACGAGCCUCCCGCCCCAACACACGGCCUCGUCAUCGAUGGCUUCUCUCUCAAGUGGGUUCUUCACGACGCCCUAAAGCAAAAGUUUCUGCUUCUUUGCAAGCAGUGCAAGUCGGUCCUCUGCUGCCGUGUCAGCCCUGCUCAAAAGGCGGCCGUGGUGUCCAUGGUGAAGAACGGCCUCGAUGUCAUGACCCUUUCCAUUGGAGAUGGUGCUAACGACGUCGCCAUGAUUCAAGAGGCGGAUGUCGGUGUCGGCAUUGCCGGCGAGGAAGGCCGACAGGCCGUCAUGUCAUCGGACUAUGCGAUCGCCCAAUUCCGAUUCCUCUCGCGGUUGGUCCUUGUUCAUGGUCGAUGGUCAUACCGCCGGCUCGGAGAGACCGUUGCCAACUUCUUCUACAAAAACGUGGUCUGGGUAUUUGGUAUCUUCUGGUAUCAAAUCUACUGUGACUUUGAUGUCACGUAUAUCUACGAGUACACCUACAUUCUGCUCUUCAACCUGCUCUUCACCUCGGUCCCGGUCGUAGUCAUGGGAGUUUUGGAUCAAGACGUUUCGGACAAGGUCUCGCUCGCAGUGCCCCAGCUGUAUCGCCGGGGCAUCGAACGAGCGGAGUGGACGCAGACCAAGUUCUGGCUAUAUAUGAUUGACGGCGUCUACCAAUCCGUCAUGGUUUUCUACAUUCCGUACUUAACUGUGGUUAGCACGAGUUUCGUCACCCACAACGGCUUGAACAUUGAAGACAGGACGCGACUCGGCGCCUACAUUGCGCACCCUGCCGUUUUCGUUAUCAACGCCUACAUUCUCAUCAACACGUACCGUUGGGACUGGAUCAUGAUAACGAUUGUCGUCCUGAGCGACCUUAUGAUCUUUAUAGUCACCGGCAUCUACACGGCUACCGAGGCAUCCAUGUUCUUUUACCAGGCCGCCCCGCAGAUAUACGCCCAGGCGUCGUUUUGGGCAGUCUUCUUCAUUGUACCCGUUAUUAGCCUCUUCCCCCGAUUUGCGAUCAAGGCGAUUCAAAAGGUGUACUUUCCAUACGACGUCGACAUCAUCCGCGAGCAAGAACGCCAAGGCAAAUUUUCUCGUCUCGCCCAGGGCGACGAAGCGACAACGGUCGUUGGGGAGCAGGAGGCGAGCAAGACACCGUCAAACUCGUCUGACAGCUCGCGCAAGGGUAAGCAUAUGCACUAUGCCAGUGUGGAUGAGGACAGAAGGCCAAUCUAUCCACCUUCAGUUGCUACACACACGACGCACAACCCGCGCAGCCAAAACGGCAGCGAUGGCACCAAUUACACAGGUCAUCGCCAAUCGAUGGACAUGGUGCAAACGCAGUCCCUUGACAUGACCCCUCCAAUGCGAGCCUCCUUCGAACGAUCUCGCCCCUCGUACGAUCGAGCCAGACCGUCUUACGACCGAAUCCGCGCCUCGAUGGACCGCACACGAGCCAGUUUCGAGGCCAGUAACGACUUUACGUCUGCCGCCCGACUUUCCCGUAUAGAAUCGAGCCAAUCCUAUAGCGAUCGGUUCCAUCCUCGAAGACUACGAGGUCUGUCAUUGACGAAGAGUGCCAACAUGUAG